ACCAAGGGUGUUUGCAAAUAGAGGUCUGAACAACAGAUUCAGACGAGGAACGCUGGCGGUUUGCAACGAUCGCAUUACUGCUGCCAUUGUUGGUGAUGUUUCUUUGACAGGCAAAAGAUGCUCCACAGCAAAUUUUGGUCAAAGCCACCUAUUGUUUACUUGCAACUAUCACCUGUAAAGCUAAACUAAUAGCAUCUGUAGGCUAAGUACUAGUGCUUAAAAGAUACAAGUGAUGAGUACGUCAAACCAAUCGCACGAAAUGAGCCAGCACGGUUCCAAAGCAUCCGCUUCGACAUCAGAAGGUAAGCGAAAAAAUCAGAAAACAAGCAGGAAAGCGGUUUAUAAACGAUAUAAUACUUUAGGACAAUCGAGCGGUUCUCCUGCACUGGGUCACCCUCAAUCUGGUGCCCGAAAGUCGCUGAAAGACAUGACCAAAGCAGAAAGGAGAGCAUUACAGGAGCAAAAAGUCUUGGAAAAGCAAGAUCGAAAGGCGGCUGGCCUACCCUCCUCUGCCAAAAAGGCGUCGGAACAGGAGGCGCACAGAAAGGUUGCUUCACCUAAAAUUGGAUCAACUGCCAAUACCCCACAGUCACCUGCUCCCGAUGCUGAAAAACAAGCAAAAAAGCAACAGAAAAGAUUGAAUGAAGUUCCUUGGUUAUCCCACUUGGAUCCGCCCAAGAAGCCAAAUACUGCCAGCAACACCAACAAAGACUUGCACCCAGCCGUUCUUGCUCUUGGCCUUCGAUUUGCAGAGCAUAAAAUGGUUGGUUCAAAUGCGAGAUGCGUAGCAAUGCUGAUGACUUUUGCAAAGAUUAUACAAGACCACAAGCCGCCUUCUGAUGCGUCAUUCUCCAGACAUAUCCAGAAAUAUUUGGAUCCACACAUCGCCUAUUUAUUAAGCGUGCGCCCAAUGUCCCUCAGCAUGCGAGAGUGUAUCCGUUGGCUCAAAAAAGAGAUUUCAGAAAUUGUGGAAGAGGAUCCACCACUGACUGACGAAAGUGCUCGAAACCGCCUAGUAGAACGCAUCGAAUAUUUCAUUAAAGAACGAAUAACAGUUGCUGAUCGGCUAAUCGUCGAAAAUGGCAUGCAAAAGAUACAAAAUGGCGAUGUUAUAUUGACAUAUGCGAAGUCAUCGGUUGUGGAGGCCUUGCUAUUGGAAGCCAAGCGGAGUGGUUACGAAUUUAGAGUUGUUGUUGUCGAUAGCCGCCCAAUGUUUGAAGGUAAACAUUUGCUGAGACGCCUGGUAUCUGCUGGAAUAGAUUGUACAUAUGUUCUUCUGUCCAGCAUAUAUGUAGUUUUGAAGGAUGUCACCAAAGUCAUUCUUGGGGCGCAUGCAUUGCUCAACAACGGGGCAGUAUAUUCUCGAAUCGGUACAGCAAUGGUUGCCAUGGCGGCCAGCGACAAACAAAUUCCCGUCAUGGUAUGCUGUGAGACAUACAAGUUCGUCAAUCGAACGCAAGUAGAUUCACUGGUGUUGAACGAAAUGGGUAAUCCCGACGAACUUGUUGUCAAGAAAUCUAACGAUGAAAAUAGCUCCAAUUCAUUAACGAACUGGCGCGACGUACCAAAUCUUCGACUUCUGAAUUUGCAUUACGAUGUGACACCUUCCAAACACAUUACACUUGUUGUUACUGAAGUCGGACUCAUUCCCUGCACUUCUGCUCCUGUAAUUUGGCGUGAAUACAAUGAAGAGUUUCGAAAAGGCGUUCAGGCAAAAUAGGAGAUAAACUUGACUAUUAUAGAGAUUCAGGAUCUACUUCCUUUAAGUACCAUAAAUCUAAUAAACGUACAGAAAGGCGAUCUAAUUGUUACUACUCAUUAAGAUUUGCCUGGGCGACAAUCACCAUUUUGGCGCUGAUGUGCCUGACAUUCGAUAUAAAGGAUAUAUCUGAGAUGCUC